CUUUAUUGAAUGUUUUCAUUGGAUACGCCAGAUCGCCAAUAAUAAUCCGUAAUAAUAAUACAACUAAGAACUUAUUCGCGUAGAAAAGUAGUUAGAAAAUGUACAGCAGUUUUUUUAAAGCUCAUUUUAGGUUAAAAACUAAAUAGUAUUUACCAAUGUUUUUGUACACAAUGGGAUGUACCACUAGUCAUGAACAUUCGUGGACGAAGGUCUCGCCAGAAUUUGCUCUCACUCUCAGUAUCAGUGGUGAUCAAGUAUCUGCACUUAAUGAAGUUAAUCUACUAUUACAGGAUGAGAAUUUGCAGAGAACCUUUGUCGUACGAGACGAUACGAAAAAUGCAUUUCCCCCCUUCCCAGAUAGUAUUCCUAGUAAUACUUCCAAACAGCAGCAACAGCCCUUGGGUGCCAAGGCCAAAGGAAGCCACAGCCAGGCCACUGGAUAUUCCGGCCAUUCAUUUUCGGAUUUUUCGGAUGCAAGUUAUUCAUAUGCCACUUCGGUAUGUUAAUGAACUUAAUCAUUGUAAAAUAAAUCAAGUAGCCAGCCAAUUGCCUUAUCUGCAUACUACAAUUUUAUUUCUGAUUAAGAAGUAUGAUGGUAUUUUUUUUUAUUUUGAGUGAUAAUCAUGAGGAAGGGAAUCCCAGUCUUGCCAAUCCAGUUAACUAGAAUUUAAACCAUAUCACCAAUAUCGCCCAUGUCCAUAGUAUCGAUCGAAUUUAAAAUGAACCACUGAUUUAAUUUGAUUUAAAUCUCUGUCAUCAGUUUUGUUUUGACAUUCAUAAUGCAGAAUGAGUAGUGACAAACUGAAAACUUAUUUUAUUUAACUUGAAUUGAAUAUAGACUGUUGGUUAUACAUUGAUAAAUCUAAAUAUUUUCACUUCAAUUGUUAUUGUUGGAUUUCCUUUUGUUGAUAGACUUAUACAAAUUCUCAAAACAUUAAAAAUUUGUCAAAUAUUUGUAAUAUUAUUAUUAAAUUUUGGGAGCUACAGCAAGGUUGAUGUACUGUGUUAAUUAUUAAGCCCCACACAUGAGCACUUCAAAAUCUCAAGUUUAGACACUGUCCCUUGGUCAAGACAUUUCUUGCUAUUUAAAUGACAUGGUAAUCAUAAUACUGAUGCAGUUUGUCCAAUCUAUUGUUAUGUGAUUAGACUCAGGAAGAAUAUGAGGACAUCCUUUACAGUUUGCCACCAGGACAGGUUUACCAAGACCCAGAGUUUCCUGCUAAUAAUGAAGCUUUAUACUUGAAUCCCAGACAACAAGUUUUUGGUGAUAUACAGUGGCUCAGACCUCAGGUAUGAAGUUCCGUUCAAUUUCCAAUCAUCUGCGACAAUCCAUUCAUUUUGAUCAUCUGGGCAUUGUGAUUAAUAUUUAUAUAUUUUAGCUUUUUAGAAACUAGAUGUUAUGCAUGUCUACUAUUUUCAAUUCUCCAAAAAGAUGAAUAUUCAUUUUUUUUUAAAGGAAAUCCUCGGUGACAAGUUUUAUCCAGAGUUUGUGAUAGAUGGUGUUACACAAGGUGAUAUAAGGCAAGGAAUUUUGGGAGACUGCUGGUUUUUGUCUUCAUGUGCAGCUGUUUCAAAAAGAAAAAAAAUAAUGAGCAAGGUAGACACUGAUUUUGGCCAUUAUUUUAACAUUUGAUCUACUUGACAGAUUAAUAUGAUCAGUACAUAUAUUUUUUUAAAUGAAUAUACUAAUCAUCAUUACAAUAACAGAUGUGAUAUUUGAUAGAGUAACAUUGCUUCUAUACUUGACAGAAUAACAACUUAAAUAUAAUCUUUUAUUAAUGAUAGAUUCAUAAUAAUUAAAUAUGUUAUCUAAAUUAAUUGAUAAACAUCUUAUGUAGUCAUAAAGUACUAUGUACAGAUGUUAUUCCAAAUCCCUGGUUGCAUAAUCAUACAAAGUGGGCUGUGUUUUGCAAAAAUAGAGUUGCCCAUAGUAUGUCUAAUUUAGAAAACUCAAUGAUAAUAGUAGAAGAAAUUUGAGUAUAUUAUUGACUGGCUGCACAAAGGAAAAUAAUGGUGGCUUCCUUAUAUACAUAUUUUCAAUGAUUGGGCUUGUGACUAUGGUAAUUAUAGCAAUUUGUCAGCUAUUCAGUUUCAGUUUUCAAGCAUGGUGGUGAACAAGACCACCACAUCUAGGAGCAAGUGAAAUACUUUGCAUAAAAGUGAAUUUUUUAAUGAUUGAAAAUGCAUCUGUUAAUUACUUUGAUUUUUAGUGGGGUCUAAGUAAUUUUUUUCUGGCUUAGACACAGACUUUGAGAGUGAGCAAGAGUAGGAUAUAUAUAGAGCAAGAUUAUGAUAUACAGAGCAAGAUAAAGAUAUAUACAGAGCAAAGUUAUGAUACAUAUAGAGCAAGGUUAUUAUAUAUAGAGAACAAGGAACUGGAACAUAGAAAAAAUGUAAUUUAAAAUACAAACUUUUCAAACUGUGUCAAACUUGAAUUUUAUUCCAGUGAUAGAUGAAGUUUAUCAUUGCAAAAUGCAUAUCAUUGGUUGAUAAUGUUGUUCCUCCUAUUUUGUUUUUACACAACAAAUCUAAGAAGAGAACAAAUGAUUUCCAAAUCUCUCACUAGUUUUUUCAAAAGAUUUGAAUUAAACAUUUUUACAAAAUGAAAUAUUUAAGCCAAGCACGUAAAAUUGUUAUUUUAUCAUUCUUUCUUUCAGAUCAUUCCAAAGAAUCAGGCCCUUUCAGGGCCACAGUAUAAAGGUGUUGUUCGCUUUUUUUUCUGGCGAUUUGGUCAAUGGGUCCAGGUGAUAAUUGAUGACCGCUUGCCGACUGUGAAAAGAAAAUUGAUUUUUGGCAGAUGUACUCACCCUAGAGAAUUCUGGGUUCCUCUAAUUGAGAAAGCUUAUGCAAAGUGAGUUCAACAACAGUAAGUUUUAUAAAACAAUAUUCAGGAAUAGAUUACAGCAUCCAAAUACAAUCAGAUAAGUUUGUAUAUAGGAGUAGCUAUUUAAAUAUAAGCAUAUAGGAAUAGCAUCAUCAUUCGACAAUACUUUACAGCAUCCAAAUACAAUCAGAAAAGUUUGUAUAUAGGAGUAGUUAUUUAAAUAUAAGAAUAUACAAAUAGCAUCAUCGUCAAUAAUGCUGCCCCCCAUGGAGGGCUCUCGCCUGCACCACUGCGUCCUUCUGUUCAGACCAAUCUUUGGCUUUUCGUCUCCGUGCAUAAAUCCAUCUCUACAUCAUCAACCCAUCUCAGUAUUGGUCUAUGAGUGAGGUGUUUGCCUCUUGGUUUCUGUCUGUGUACCACUUUUGCUCAUUUAUGAGUAUAAAUUUAAAUAUGAGUAUAAAUUUAUAUAAGAGAAUAUAUUUAUAAAUAUUUUCUACAACAAAAUCUGAUAUUCAAAGUUGCUAAAUUAAACACUAUCAGAGCUCAACAGCUUUGUUAAACUUUGAUAAAUAUACUUAAUAAGUUUCUUUCACAAUUAUAAAAAGGCCUUGUACUGAAUGUUGACACAAUAGUCAUAUGUUACAUUCUUUUAAAUAUAAUAAAGGUUCACAAAGGUGUGAACUUAAUUUAAUAUUUGGAGAGUAGAAAUAAUUUACUAAAGCAACUGUUUAAAAUGAUAUUAAAUUUCAAAUUAUUGAUUUAAAAAGCAAUAAAUCAGAAAUUUUAAAAGUUUCUAUAUUUAGAUUCUGACUAGCAACUUCACAAAUUUCUAAAACUCAUUGUACAACUACAUCAAAUUGUUAACUUUAUCUCUGUAAGUAUAGUCUAUAGAAGAAGAAUUUUAAGUGCAUUUAAUUAUUGAAAUCUUUGAAAUAAAGAUACAGAACUUCACUAAACAAUAGUAAAAGGGGAUUCUUUAUAGAAUGGGAACUUCUAGCAGAGGAUCAACACUAUAUAAAUAGAACAUCAUAAAUAGGAGCUUGAGAUGAAUUGGACACACUUUGGACCUUCAAACAUCACCAGGCAGACAUUUACAUAGAAAUCAAAUCAUUCUGUAAUCUACAUCAAUCCAUAUUAUUAGGCCAAAAUGCAUUGUUAUUGUUUGAUUUUUUUUUAAUAAGUGGGUUCUUUGCCAGACUUUAUGGAUGCUAUGAGGCUCUUGGGGGUGGGAUCACAAUGGAUGCCCUUGUUGACUUAACUGGGGGACUGGCUGAGAGAUUUGAACUCGUAGAGCAUGACCCAUCAUUGUUCAGGUUUAUCCAUACAGCGCGUCGAGCCGGAGGUUUCAUUGCAUGCUCACGGAAGGUAAUUAUUCCAUUUUAGUUGCUCUUAUAGCGUUAAUUAUUUUACUGUGGAGUUUUACACUCAAAAGUUUCACAAAUCAAAGAGCAGCGGGUUACAUUUAUCCAAUAAAAGAUCCUUCACAAAAUUUGUACACCACAAGAUUAUGUUUUUAUUCCAAGACAACGGCACCAUUCUAAAGGUGGGGCACCAUCACAAAACUAGUGCACAUUACCAAAACAUGGGCACAUCAUAAAGAAAGGGUUUGUUUCCAAAAACUAGGGCAGCAUCACACUCCAAUAAGUCAACACAUUAGGCAAUCCAUACUUACUUAUUAUAUAAGGUAAGGAAUGUGACAGAGUUCUUGAUUUACUCAUAUGUGGAAGUGCUUAUAUCUAGGGAGAUAUUUUCUUUGUAUAAUUGUAUGCUGGCCUCUCAAGAUUAAAGCAAAAGAAUUUUAUAUAAAAUCAAGGUUUGUUGUGAUAAAAUUGUGGGACUUAAAAAAGAAAAGGCAUUUAAUUUAUGUUGCAAGAAUUUGAAAUGGUGAUAAAAUGAAAGAUUAUGAUGGUGAAUUGGGAGCAACAACAAGUUAAUUGAUUUUUAUUUUUCUUCUCUACCUUCCUAAAGGGAGACUGGAGGUUGUCCAAUGUGGCAGACCCAAAUGGAUUGAUACCUGGCCAUGCUUACACCAUUAUAAAUACUUUGGUGGUAAACUUUUUAUGUAUCAGCAGCAUGCUUAAAUUUAUUUUUCAAUGGAAUUAUGCACUUGUGUUUCCCUAAACACAUGUGCUCUUGUGUUUCCCUAAACACAUGGGCUCUAAAAGUUCAAAUAAAAUAUCAAAUAAAAUAUCAAGUAUAUAUAGUUUAGAUAACAUAUACCCAAUUAAUACCUAUUGAAAAGGAUGUGUUGGCACCAGCUCCACCGACUGAAAAAGUAGUAGGCACACACCAUUGUGACUUAACAGAAAGCUAAUUUGAGAUAAACCAUGGCCAAACAAUUACAAAACUGUAGAGCUGAAGCAUUUAUAUUUCUUAAAUUUUUAGAAAUCUUUGAACAAUUGAAGGUGCAUGAUUAUUUCUUUUUAAGUCUAGCUUGAAAGAGAUGUGUAUAGUGUCCAAUGGUGGACUGUGAGUGGCCUUGAGGUGGGGAGGUGAGUUGUUUAGGGUCCCAGGGUGGACUUUCAGUGGUCUUGAGUCACCUCCUAGGGCAGGUAGGUUUCUAACAUUUUGUUGUGUUGAUUUUUCAGCUGAAGCACAAGAUGGGAGAAGAGAAAAUGGUGUGUAUAAGAAACCCCUGGGGCGAUGGAGCCAAGUGGAAAGGGUCUUGGAGUGACCAGUAAGGAGAAAUUGGUUGGUUUGACCAAAUUAAAUUCAAACAUUUUUUUUUUUUAAUUCUUUUGAGAAUGUUAGAAUUAUAAUGACAUAUAAUAGGUCAACUAUUAAUCUUGUACAAUUGGGGUCAGGGUUAAGGUAAGGGUUAAGGUAAGGGUUGGGAUUAAUGUUAGGGUUAAGGUAAGGGUUAGCGUUAAGGUAAGGGUUAGUGUUAAGGUAAGGGUUAGCAUUAAGGUAAGGUUUAGGGUAGAGGUAAGGGUUUGGGUUAAGGUAAGGGUUAAUGCAAGGGUUAGGGUUAAUGUAAGGGUUCAGGUAAGUUAAGGUUGCUCUAAUUAAUUUGCAGGUUAAGUGUUAAUCACCAUUUCUCUGAUUAAUCAGCACCUUUCUUUUAAUACUUAUGAAUCAACUAAUUGGCCAUUUGAUAUUAGAAAAUGCUAUUGAGAUGUAAAUGCACUUGGUUUUAGUCUAUCUUUUAUGCUUGUCUGUAGGAGUUUAACCUGUGCAAACAGAGAUACGCAAGUCUCUAUGCAUCUAAAGUUGGCUAUGUUAUAUUUUUUCAAUACAUAAUUGGAUCAUGAAUAAUCAGUAUCUGCCAAAAUAGCAUGGCAGAUUAUUAAUUAAUUAAUCAGUAAUCUUCUAUUAGGUCACCCUGGCAACAAGAGAAUAUUUCUUUUCUGUCUUCCUAAUAGACGUGGAGAUAAAUUGAUGAGCUGGUCGUUCCUAUAACAGACACAUGUCACAAACUGACUGGUGUCUUAAAAUCACUUCAAUUCUUUCAGAUGUUUCUUUCUCUCCACUCACUUUAUUAUUCUAAGCAUUGUAAGCAUGAGUCAUUUUCCUUUUAAAUGAAUUUUCUAAGUGUCUAGAAUUAAUCCUGGUAACUUAACUGUGCAGUGAUGUCAAUUGGCAGUGGGUGGAUGAAGAUGUCAGAGAGAGUAUCCUUGGCAAACUGGAUAGUGCAGAGUUCUGGAUGUCAUUUAGAGAUUUCUAUCAUCAGUUUGGUGAAGUGACCAUUUGCCACUUAAGCCCGGAUUUUGAUGGAGAUGGUACACCAGAUGUUGUAGGUAAAUAGAAACUGUUGAAUGUUUUUGAUCACAAGUUUGCAUUCAUAAGUCAAUCAGAUCUGCACUUCCAUCAAGAGAGCAAAAACCUGCUGCAGUCCCAGUAAGCAGAGGGACAGUCAAGAAUAGGUCUAUUUACCGACAUACCUAUACUAUUAAGUCAACAGACAGAUAAUAAUAUUUUUAAUUAUUUAUUAAAAGACCUGAUUUCAACUCUUUUAAAAAUCAUUCCUUGCUGGAGUUGUGCAAAUCAUUUAUUUUAAUUAUAAUUAAAAAAAUUUAGACUAAUUUAGACUAAAAUCUGAUUCAGUUGUUUUUUUCAAAGUUAUUACACAAUUUCCAUACAUCUUAACGAGCUUAAAUUUGAGCUUUUGACAUGCAGGCUGAAAAAAAUGUUUCAAUUUAUCAAAGAUUUUCUGAUUAUCGAAAUAACGGCUUUUAAAUAGUCAACUUUUUUAAUGAUUAUGGAAUAAAAUGAAUGCCAUCAAAGACUAGGGUUUAAAUUUUCUAAUUUUUUUUUGGGUCAAUAUUUUCAAAAGCAACCAGCUAAGUUUAAAGAAUUAAAAAAUGGUGCAGGAGAUAUGUUAUCCUUGGAGGAGGAAUGUUAUCCUUAGCAUAAGCUAAACGUUUUUUAAAAAAAUGUUUACUGGCAUAAUUUGUGGCUAAAAAUGUAUUUAAUUAAUUUAAAAAUAAAGUGCAAGUUUAAAAAAAAAAUUAUUAAAAAUAUACACUGUUUUGGGGAGUUCUCUGGAUUGAUCAGACAUUAAAUUCUCUUUAGUAUUGUUUCUCAAACUCUCUUUAACAUUUUCAAAGACAUUCUCUCUGAAAUUCUUUCUGAUAUUCUUUUCAACAUUGAUUGAGGACUAAACUCCCAAACAAAUGUGCACUUGUUCUGUGUCCAAAAUACUGCAACAACUAAACCACUGAUUUAGACCACAUAACAUAGCUGUAACACUGUUAUAGACCACAUUACAUAGCUGCAACACUGACUUAGACUACAUCACAUAGCUGUAACAUUGACUUAGACCCACAUUACAUAGCUGCAACAUUGACUUAGACCGACAUCACAUAGCUGCAACACUGACUUAGACCACAUCACAUAGGUGUAACACUGACUUAGACCCACAUUAGAUACCUGCAACACUGACUUAGACCCACAUUACAUACCUGCAACACUGACUUAGACCACAUCACAUAGCUGUAACACUGACUUAGACCACAUCACAUAGCUGCAACACUGACUUAGACCCACAUCACAUAGCUGCAACACUGACUUAGACCCACAUUACAUAGCUGCAACACUGACUUAGACCACAUCACAUAGCUGCAACACUGACUUAGACCACAUCACAUAGCUGCAACACUGACUUAGACCACAUUACAUAGCUGCAACACUGACUUAGACAACAUCACAUAGCUGCAACACUGACAUAGACAACAUCACAUAGCUGCAACACUGACUUAAACCACAUCACACAGCUGUAACACUGAUAUAGACCACAUCACUUAGCUGCAACACUGACUUUGACCAAAUCACAUAGCUGUAGCAUGCAAUAAGAAAUCAUUCUUGAUUAAUAAAUAGCUUUAUAUCUUUUUAGAAUGAUAGAUUGAGUUUUUCAUUACAAUGAAGAUAAAUAAAUUAUUUAGUAACUGAAUUAUGCCGCUAAUAAUCAGUCAAGAAUCUGUUUAUUUUAUUUUAUUUUUUUACUUUUUCUCCAGGUCAUACAGAAAUGAUUUGGGGGGAAUGGAUUUUGGGCAAAACAGCUGGGGGAUCAAGAAACAAUUUAAACAAAUUUGCAACAAAUGACCAAUACCUGCUCAGCUUAACUGAUAUGAGUGAGAAGCUUUUAAAAUAUCGAUAAGAAAUAUAUUGUCCUAGUGGUCUCUUUAUUUCAGCAUUUUUUUCUAUAGAUUCUUUCAUGUGAUGUAUGCCUGUUGAAAAUAUUGGCCUUUAUAUGGAGCUCUGCGGAUAGUGAAGACAAUGUUUUCAUGUUAAAUUUAUCUCACUGCCCCUCUGGUUAAACUGUAAAAAAAACUAUUUUAUUUAGUAUUUUGCAAAUGAAAUUAUUAUUUUAUUUUAAUAAUUAAAUUACCUUUUAAUUUUUUUUACGAAAUUAUUCCUUUAUUUUAAUAAUGAAAUUGCUCUUUUAUUUUGAUAAUGAAAUUAUCUUUUAAUUUUGCAAAUGAGAUUAUUCUUUUAUUUUGAUAAUGAAAUUCUUCUUUUAUUUUGUAAAUGAAAUUGUUCUAUAAUUUUGUUAAUGAAAUUAUUCUUUUAAUUUGAUAAUGAAAUUUUUCUUUUAUUUUGAUAAUGAAAUUAUUCUUUCAUUUGGAUAAUGAAAUUAUUCUUUUAUUUUGUUAGUAAAAUUAUUCUUUUAUUUUGAUAAUGAAAUUAUUCUUUUAUUUUGAUAACGAAAUAAUUCUUUUUUGAUAAUGAAAUUAUUCUUUUUUGAUGAUGAAACUAUUCUUUUGUUUUUAUAAAGGAAUGAAUGAUUUUGCAAGUGAGAGCAAACAAAACAUUGUGAUAUCUUUAAUGCAAGAACAUCGACAGAUCAGCAAAAAUGUCAAGCCUAUGAUGUAUCAGAUUGGCUUCUUUCUCUACCAGGUGACUUAAUUGUAUUUAAUUAGGAGAGUGCUGUACUGUGGCUGGCAACAUAAUGACAUGUAGUAUUCCAUGGUUUCUGACAGUUUAAUGGCAUGGGUUGUGUCAAUGUGUCUGACAGUGUAGUGACAUGGGUAUGUCAUGGUUUCUGACAGUUUAAUGACAUGGGUGUAAAUAUUAUAUGGUAUUAUAUCAGAGAGUGGGCUUAGAAAUUUCAUUAAUGUCAUCACAUGACGUGUUUCAUAUUUUUAGUAACAAGAUCCACGGUCAAAGGAUCACUCAAUAUAGCUGUUAGUCUAAGAUUACUCAUGUUGUAUCAAUUUGUGUGUUGAUUUGUUUCAUUAACUUCAAAUAAUGCUAUUUUGUUUAUCUGCUUAGAGGUUAUGAUCAUUUACUGAAAUUUGAAGAACUUUUUUUCCUUUUUCUAUUUUCAGACAAGUGAGCGACUCUAUAAAUUACCUCUUCAGUAUUUUCGCUUUAAUUCAGAAUAUGCCAAAACUAGUUUUUUCAUCAACUACAGGGAAGUGAGCGGAAGAUUUGAGUUAGAUCCCGGAUGUUACGUCAUCAUUCCGAGUACUUUCAUUGAGGACUGUCCAUCUCACUUCUUGCUCAGAGUAUUUGGGGAGAAAAGGUUCUCCUUAAAAGGGUAAUUAACGUAGGCCUACAUUUAAACAAAAGGCAGUUCCACUUUGGCUGAAUUUAAUUUUUUGGCUCUCGUCCCAUAAACAAAAAGGUCUCUCCAUUUCUACAAUAUGCAUCACAAGAUAACAUUGUUUUUACAUAGAAAUGUUUCAGUUCAAUUUUGUAACCUUAUAAUGCAUGUUAUAAGAUUUCAUAGUUGGCUCUAAAUGAAAAGACCUAUAAUAUUGUUAAAUGAAGUGUUUCUGGAGUAUGUCUAAAGUCUGCUGAUCUUCUGCUCUCUUCAACUUUCAAAGAUCAACGAUUUAUGUAUUGCAAAAUAAAACUGUUAAAAUCUAAGGUUUAAACAAAGUAUUUUCUUUUAAAAAAUCCAGAGUAGCACCUAACUCUGUCUAAUUUUCAAUUAACAUUCUAGUUACAUUCCUUGAAAUAGAAAAAAAUUACUGUUAACAUAAAAUGUCUGUGACAUUAUUAUUAUUAUUAUUAGACUUUUUCUUUAAAUUUUUUUUUUUUUUUUUUUUAUUUCUUUUGCUUGCAAUUGUUAUCAAGUUAACAUUUUUUUUUUUUUUUUUUUUUAUUUGUUUUUUUUUUUAAUUUUUUUUUUUUUUUUUUUUUUACUUCUUUUGCAGGCCAUUGUUAUCAAGAUAACCUCAAAGUACAAGUCUUCCAGGAAUUAAUGAAACAGACAUUUUGACAAGUUGCUGUUUGCAUUAUCAUUUACCAAUCUAAGACUAGAUAAUCACUGCUUGACACAUCGACUCAACUGAAUUAACUGGAUCAGGGUGAUGACCCAGUAUAUGAAGACUGUUCUCUCUGCGGAUAAAUAAAUGAAAGCAUUCUUCCUGCUUCACAAGUAUUCAAUUUUUUUAAGUCCAGAUGUCUAUUUUUUGACACAAGAAUACAAAAUAUGCAAUGAAACAUUCCUUCACCAUGUAAUGGAAUUUAAAUUAACCAAAAUGAUUGGGAAAGGAUCAACAAAAGCGCCUCCUAACAUUGGGCUAAAAGUGUGAUGUUUAUUGCCCCUAUUGCAAUAAACCGAGAGUUUGUUGUUCAAACAGGGGUGGCCAGCUAGGUGAUUUUUGGGAGCCAUAAACAAAAACAAAAAAAUUUAAAUCUAUGCACUGAAGAGUUCUUGUUGAUUUAAUGUUGCUCUGAAAGAGGGGAAGGCGUACAAUAGGGUUUUGUGUGUUGAGUGAUGUGGUUCUCAUAUUCUGCACAGCUUUAAUCCAUUUUUUUAAUGAAAUGUGCACCAAUUUUAAUAAAUGUGCGCCAAUUUUAAUAAAUGUGCACCAAUUUUAAUAAAUGUGCACCAAUUUUUAAUAAAUGU